AUGACUUCACAUUUGUGGUAUUUGAAUGACGAGAUUUUAUCUCUGUUCGAUGAUACUGUACCAAUCGAUAUGAAGAAGAAAAUCGUUAAAGCUGUAAAAAUUCGAGAUGGUAUAGAUUCCAAAGUUAAGAGAUUUGAGGUUGACCACAAGAACAUAAAUUCAAUUAUUCAAAAGGAUUUAAGUGACUUUGUUUCUCAAAAAUCAUUGAAUUUGUUCAAAAUUUUUGACCUACCAUAUGAUUUUCUCGAUGUUGAUAUUGAAUUGUGGACUUCAAAUGAGAGUUAUAAAGAAAACGAAUAA